UUCUAUAUCCAGCCAAAACAAACCCAGCUAGCUAACGAAGGCUGAAAGCUGAAACGAAAAAAAUCUCUUCCUUCAACGAACAAAAAAUAUUUUCUUUUUUUUUAAAAAACAAACCAUUGAACGCGAGAGAGAAACGAAAACUGGGAGAGAGAUGGCUUAGUUCCCUCUUCCUUUCUCUCUCCUAAACCCUAAUCUCUCUCCUCCUUUUCGCCGAUUCACUCUUCCCAUCACCAAGAACUCUAAUUUAUAUUAUCAAUUUCAAACGUCAUCCUUUCCAAAAAUAUUAGGGUUCCUUCUUAUUUUAGGAAUUUUCUUAAUCUCAUCUCAAUUUAUGUGAAUUUGUAGUUUUUCGUUUGUAUCAGGCACACAUUUAGACUCAAUCGAGCCCAAAAAAGUUAGCGAUUAUUGAAGGUUUUACCAGGUAGAUAAUCAGUAGUGUGAGUGAAGAAGUGAGUGAUUUUGAUUGAAGUUUGCGUAAAAAAAAAACUUGAGUAGAAGAGAAGAGAGAGAAAGAGAUGUACAAAGAUCGAGGAUCAAAAGCAGAGAUGGGAGCUGUGGAUCGGAAAAGGAUCAAUGAAGCGUUGGAUAAACAGUUGGAAAGAUCGUCGCCGUCGACUUCAAAGGGAUUGAAUGGUAAAGAUAAGGAUAGAUUGUCGGCGCAAUCGAUUAUCAGUACUACUAGUGGAAAACAACCGUCCGAUCAGAGAGAUUCUCGCACCGCUUCUCUCUCUAAGAAUCGAUGCUCUGAUGACGAAUCAGAAACUGAUAGUGAAGAGUCUGAUGUCAGUGGCUCUGAUGGUGAUGACACUUCUUGGAUCUCAUGGUUUUGCAACUUGCGAGGCAAUGAGUUUUUCUGUGAAGUUGAUGAUGAUUACAUUCAAGAUGAUUUUAACCUGUGUGGGUUGAGCAGUCAAGUUCCAUAUUAUGACUAUGCUCUGGAUUUGAUACUUGAUGUGGAGUCUUCACAUGGGGAUAUGUUUACUGAAGAACAAAACGAAUUAGUUGAAUCAGCAGCAGAAAUGCUGUAUGGUUUAAUCCAUGCUCGAUACAUAUUGACAAGCAAAGAGAUGACUUUAAUGCUCGAGAAGUACAAAGACUAUGACUUUGGGAGAUGUCCAAGGGUGUAUUGCUGUGGACAACCUUCCCUUCCAGUUGGGCAAUCUGAUCUUGCUCGAUCAAGCACAGUAAAGAUCUACUGUCCUAAAUGUGAAGAUAUAUACUACCCCCGGUCGAAAUAUCAAGGCAAUGUUGAUGGAGCUUAUUUUGGAACGACAUUUCCUCACCUCUUUUUGAUGACAUACCCACAUUUUAAGCCUCAAAAACCAACUUCCAGCUAUACUCAGAGGGUGUUUGGUUUUAAGCUACACAAGCCAUGAUGAUGGUCAAUCAAAUUCUUGCAGGCUUUGAGCAAAUGCAUGACCUCAAUACGACGGGUGGAUAUGCUGCUGAAUGUUGAGUUUUGAGGAGAUGCAAGAUCAGAAACCUUUGGAGCUACCAGGAUAUUGCUCACCUGGGUUAAAUGCUAAUAUUUGUCGUAAAUGUACCAUCCCCCAAAAAACCAAAAAAAAAAAAUCAGUUUAAGUGCUGCAGUCCAACCUGUCAUUACUGUUCACAAUUCUAAGCUGCCUAUUUAAAGAGCGUUUGUAAGCUAUGUUUUUCUCAAUGAACUCUUCAAAUUAAUCUUGUAGUGCUUUUCUUACCCUUGAUCUUCAGAGUAGUAUGAAAGUCUUUUGGCUUCCUCCAAAGUCCAAAGAUCCGCUUCCUGAGAAUUUUUCGUGUAGUUUUUAUUAUCUACUUUGGAUUUGUCAAAAAACUCUUCCAUUUUAGAGUUAAAAGAGUACAAUGCAGAGUUGUUACCUGCAGUUUAACUGCAGAUGUAUUAUUAGAAGCAUGCCAUGCCUGUUUUCUUGGUACUA